CCGCCGCUUCAUUUUCGACCAAAAUAAAAAGAUACUAAAACGCAAACGCGAAGUUUCGUUCUCUCACUCAAACAUAAAACAAAAAAAAAACAAACAUAAAUCCCUAAUAUUUUCCACCGUUUUCGAAACCCCAAAUCGAAAUCAAAAUUCAUAAAAUUGGGUAAACCUAACCCUAGUUUGUCAAUUUUGUCUUCAAAGAAGAAGAAGAUGGUGUUGGAAACGGAAAUCAUUUAUCAGCAAAGCAUUCCUGUGUUGGAUGUCAAGUAUCACCUUUGCGUUUCUCAAGAAAAUGCCGUCAAGGUUGACGUUUCACCUGCUUCCAAUGUUGUUCCGGUUUUUAAUCAGCUUAGGGUUUCGACUGAAUCCAUUUCAACCGAAACGUCUCUCUUUGGAUCGACUGUGAGUCGCUCUGAGAUGAAAACUGAUAGUAUUAUAGAGGAAGCUGUUGCAAAAUUUAUCCCUGUUGUUCGUUCUGGUAGCUGUGCUGAUAUUGGACCGAGGGGAUCGAUGGAUGAUGAUCACAUUCAAAUAGAUGAUCUAGCUACCCAUCUUGGGUUUGUGUUAAAAUCUCCUACAAGGAGUGCUUUUUAUGCAGUUUUUGAUGGACAUGGAGGUCCUGAUGCAGCUGUGUUUGUUAAGAACAAUGCUAUGAAAUUAUUUUUUGAAGACGCCACAAUGCUGCAAUCCUAUGGCACUGAUGCACUUCUAAUGAAGAGGUUGGAAGAUACUCAUCGGAAAGCUUUUCUAGGGGCUGACCUUGCGAUGGCUGAUGAACAGAGUAUUAGUAGUUCUUGUGGGACAACAGCAUUGACUGCUCUUAUACUUGGAAAGCAUUUGCUGGUUGCUAAUGCGGGUGAUUGUCGAGCUGUUCUUUGUAAGCGCGGUGUAGCUGUUGACAUGUCUCACGACCACAGACCAAGUUAUUUACCAGAGCGGAAGAGAGUGGAAGAGUUGGGUGGUUAUAUUGAUGAUGGAUAUCUCAAUGGUUAUCUUUCUGUAACUCGUGCCCUUGGUGACUGGGACUUAAAAUUACCACUUGGUUCUGCCUCGCCUCUUACUGCCGAGCCCGAUGUUCAGGUGGUCACCUUGACUGAGGAAGAUGAGUUCUUAAUCAUUGGUUGUGAUGGCAUUUGGGAUGUAAUGUCAAGCCAGGAAGCAGUUAGUCUUGUCCGUCGCGGACUAAGAAGGCACGAUGACCCUCAACAAUGUGCCAGAGAGCUUGUCAAAGAAGCAUUGCGGCUACACACAACAGAUAAUCUUACUGUAAUUGUUAUUUGUCUGUCUCCUGUUGAAAGCAUUGUUGAAUCAUGUCCGCCUCAAAGGCGAAGAUUCAGAGCUUGCUCAAUGUCUGAAGAGGCUCGGAACAAAUUGAGGAGCUUGCUAGAAAGUAACUGAAUGUAAAUACAGUUGUCAUGAUUCAUGCAGAAGUUGAUCAAUGUUUGUAGGCUGUUGUAGGAGAGUUAGAGCAGCCAUCAUUUUUGUAGGGAUGGAAGGGUUGGUGGUUGAGACUUAACUUAGUGAGGUACUUUCUAGUUUAUUUUAGCAUUUGUAGAGACAUUUUACCUAUGGUAAUUUAUGCAUAGGUACGGGAUUUUAAAAAAAUUCAGGUAUGAGAGUAUCUUAAUAA